UACAUUUCAUAGAAGACAUUGAAUUACUACCCCAAAAACUUCAAAAAAAGAAAAAAAAAAAAAAAAAAAAGAGGUUGGAGGGGUUUGAAAAGAUGGAUUUGAAAUUCAAGUUGGUGCAUUUUGCAUUGGUGGUGUUAUUUCUAGCACACCUUGGGGAAUCUCAAAAUGCAACUUUUGAUAUAACAAAGUAUGGUGCCAAUAGCAAUGCUGAUAUUAGUGAGGCCGUUCUGAAAGCUUUUCAAGAGGCAUGUCAAUCUACAAGCCCAAGCACCAUUGUGAUCCCAAAGGGAACAUUCCAAAUGAACCAAGUGAAACUAGAAGGCCCAUGCAAAGGCCCAAUUGAACUUCAAAUCCAAGCCACUUUGAAAGCUCCUUCAGAUCCUAACCAACUCAAGACCGGUGAAUGGUUGACUGUCAACAAACUUGAUGGAUUCACCAUGUCUGGUGGUGGGAUCCUUGAUGGUCAAGGUAAAGCUGCAUGGGAAUGCAAGGAGUCCAAAAAGUGCAACAAGCUUCCCAAUAACUUGAGCUUCAACUCCCUCACAAAUUCCAUAAUCAAGGACAUAACUACAAUGGACAGCAAAUCAUUCCACGUGAACGUGAAUCAAUGCAAGAACUUAACGUUCCUCCACUUCAACGUCAGUGCUCCAGCUGGAAGCCCCAACACUGAUGGCAUCCACAUCUCGAGGUCGAGCUCUGUGAAUGUUACAGACUCCAGUUUUGCUACCGGAGAUGAUUGCAUUUCCAUUGGUGAUGAAACGGAACAACUUUACAUCACUAAGGUCACUUGUGGACCUGGUCAUGGUAUUAGUGUUGGUAGCCUUGGUGGAAAUCCUGAUGAAAAGCCAGUUGUUGGUGUUUUUGUUAAGAAUUGCACUUUCAUUAGCACUGACAAUGGUGUUAGGAUUAAGACAUGGCCUGCUUCUCACCCUGGUGUUGUCGAUAUUCACUUUGAGGAUAUCAUUGUGCAAAAUGUUAGCAACCCUGUUGUCAUUGAUCAAGCUUGCCCAGCUGGCAAAUGCAACAAAGAUUUGCCUUCACAAGUGAAGAUCAGCAAAGUGACUUUCCAAAACAUAAAGGGUACAUCAAGAACUCAAGAUGCAGUAUCACUUCUUUGCAGUAAAGGUACUCCAUGUGAGGGUGUUGAAGUUGGUGACAUUGACAUCACAUACAGUGGAAAAGAAGGUCCAGCAAAAUCAAGUUGUGAAAAUAUUAAGCCAAGUUUAAAAGGAAAGCAAAAUCCACAAGUUUGCACUGCUGCUGCUUCCCCUGCUGCUGCUCCUGCUGCUUCUUCGUCUUCUUAAUUAAUUAGCUAAUAAUUCUUAGUUAAUUCCCUAAUUUUGUUCAUUUUGUUUUCUUCAACUUUUAUUUAGGAUGUUUACAAGAUGACCAUAAAAAAAUGUAACAAAAAUUUACAAUUUGAAUAAGAAAUUCUCAACCUCUCUACCUCCCAA